GUCAGCCACAUCCCAGGUUGUACUUGUUCAGACUUGGUCUCCUGAACUACUGAACAUCAACUCUGUACAGUACAAACAACUGGUCUAUAACAUACAGAUAACGUUCCAGCAGAUGUUCCAGACUGUGUCUGGCUUGCAGAAAGUGGAAGUAGCUGGCUUCAGUCCAGGGGAAAACAACCUAGUUGUGGCAAAGAUACGUGUCAUUGCGACGUACUAUGCCAUCAGUAUGGCCCAGACCAGGUUUGUUCAACUGGUGACCACAGGCAGGGUGGGGCAGCUGACCUUCAACACCAGCAAUGUCAGCAUUAAACGUGACGUUGUGCUGUCAUCUACAACGUCCAUGACCAUUGGCUCUACUACCUGGACACAGAGUCUAGCUGACAGGACAUCCGUCCAGUACAUACAGUUAAAGCAGCAAGUAGAAGAACAGGUAAGGCAGUACACACUGUCAGAUUAA